UCUUCUUCUUCCGUUGGAGGCAAUAACCAGUUUGCUUUCCAUUGUUUACGACCAUUGCCCAGCCUCCCAUCGGCAACAGACACCAAGUUAUCCUCAUCCGGAUACAGAGAAGAACAUAACGUAGUAGCAUUCAAGUGCAGGCAAGAGAGGAAAGAAUGUCAAAAUCCAAAGAAUCGCGCAAUAAAGGAAACUCUGCGUUCAAAGCAGGCAAAUGGCAGGAGGCCAUCAAAUACUAUACCCGAGCCAUUAACCUCGAUGGGAAGGACUUUUUAUGCAUGGCCAAUAGAUCGGCUGCUCACCUGAGGUUGGGGAAUCACGAUGAAGCGUUGCGAGAUGCCGAGCGCUGUAUCAAGAUCAAGGCAAGCUAUGCGAAAGGACAUGUGCGAAAGGCUGCCGCCUUCCAUGCCAUGAAGCGAUAUGAUGACGAAUUCAAGGCCAUCCGAGAAGGAAUCAGGUUUUGUCCCCAUGACGAAACUUUGAAGCAGGGAUUGGAACAAACCAAGGCACAGCGGACAAAAUCCAGCAAGGCUUCCCAAGCAGCAAGACGAACACAGGCUACCAUGAAGGCGGCUCGUUCCAGAGGAAAGAAGGUCAAGAAAUCCCAAACUGUGAGCCAAUUUGUCAUGGAAACCAAGAAAAUUUUGGAACUUCAAAUGGCGGCCAUCAGGGCACAGCUGGACAUGAUCAAUGAGCUCAUGGUGAUGGGCAUGGAAGAGAAACUGGAUCUUCUCUUUAGUCUGAUGGAUAAGGACGGUGGUGGCACCAUUGAUGCCAAGGAAUUGGCAGAAGGUCUGAGAAAGCAGAAUGAUGGACUCUCCUUUUCGGGAUCCAUUGAGAAAUCCAUUGAAAUGAUUGCCAUCUUUGAUGAGGAUGGAGACGCGGAACUGGACCGACAAGAGUUUGAAUCUUUUGUGUCCAAAAUGGUGGAAGAGCUGAGUACUACAUUUGAUGAAUUUGCAGAGUUCCUUGUGUACCAAAUUCUGUUCAGUGACAACAAAGAAGAAGAGGAGGAGAUUGAUAUCCACCAAGUCAAUCAACUGGUCAAAGAGAGGGGAGAAUUGUUGGAUAGUCUCAAUGAUCCCAGAAUGAGAACCCUGUAUGAACUAUUUGAUCGCGACGGAGACGGCACUGUGAGCUUUAAGGAAGUGGCUUGUGGCCUGUAUCACUUGACAAACAACAUGGAGGAAUCAGCCAAAGCAACUACUGGUCUGCUUCUCAUGCUUGACAAGGAUGAUCAGCGGAUGUUGGGAUUUCAACAAUUUGCCAAACUGAUCUUAGCCAUUGCAGCAUCCACCGGAAUCACAUUCGACGAGGUGGCUGAUGACCUGACUUUGGCUCUGUCGUCUGGAAGUAUCAAAAUGAGCAGGGACGUGCUUCGCGAGCUUACCCUGGCCGACGAGGAAUAUACAAAGGUCCGCAACAAGGAGCGCAAGCAAAAGUCAGUGGCCAAUAUUGACCCUCUUUCCUACAACCGAUGCCUUAAGUUAUUCGAUCUUUGGGACGCGGAUGGUGACGGGACACUUGAUUUCGAUGAACUCUACCAAGGCCUAUGCAAGUAUCACAAUGCCGCUCGCGAUGGAAAGGACACUCGAGAGGUCAGAAGAGCGGCACGGAAACUAAUGGCUCAGGACCAGGAUGGGGAUCAGUUGCUCGAUCCAGACGAAUUUGCGUGUGCCAUGAUAUCCUACGCCGACUCGAUGGGAACCGACGUGCAUGGUUUGAUCGACUUUAUGUGCGUUGCCACGGCCUUGGGAGAUCAGAUGGGUUAGUUGCCGGCCAGCUUGAGAAUGAACUGUGGUUGUACUUGUUGAGGCGAGAAAAACUGUUGUCUGAUCACGCGAGUCAACUUUCCCAGCCAAUGUCUAUUGUGUCAUUGUCGCGAUAUUGUGGCUUGGUCUGCUCGGUUGUUCCUGGCGAGUCUCAGAUAAAGGGACGAAAGUCGACAAUCAACGCACUGGAAUAAAACUUUUUUGCUGUGAUGGCUGGGUUCCUCUCGGAAAAGGCAGGCGUGACCAUUUGUCCAGCCCAAGAUUUGCUUUUGUUUUUGUGUGUCGAUUGGACACGCCUGUGGUACUACCGUAGAGGUACGGGAUGCGGUCUUGGAUCUUUUGUGACCUCUACCGUAGCUAGGUUUCAGAAGGUCCGCAUGCAUUUGUUCAGAUCAGAUCGGUUCAUUGCUUCGCAGUUGUGUGCACGUUUUUGGAAUGCUCUGGAAAGGCUACGACCCGGGCACCGAGAGCAAAGGAUCGUACUGCAAGUAUGGGGGUCUAGAGUAGGGUAGUAUAGUGAGCAGCUGGUCAGGCCGAUCCUUGAAUCCCUGAAUUACUUGUCCGGUGCCAUGAAGGUUUGCCUUGCUUGCAAUCCAGGUCGCUGGUGACCCGUAGUGGCCAUUCCUGCUUGACAAAUAGCUAGCCUUGCUAGAUAGCUACUGUAGAACCAACGUCGUUUAUCGAUUGUUGAAAGAUUUUAGAAUUGAAGAGAAGUCAAACCCAACCCAGUCAAUGCAUGUUCAUCUACCACCUCCGAAGCCAUCCCAUUCAAUACAUGUGUAUUUCUAGCUACCUGGUACCUUCUGGUAGCUAGAGGUCUACCACCACCAUUCCCUGUACCUUGUACGGCCGGUAGCUUAGUUGGUUUUUCGAAGAUUCAAGUCCCGUUCGGAAGUGG